ACCAACUAUAUUCGAAUCUUUUUUAAUCUGCCAUGCGCCCACGACAUUCACACAUUUGAUUCUGCUAUUCUUUCGUUUUAUUUUUAUUUGCGCGCCUACGAUCUUUCGACAACCAGCUCCAGAUGAGAUCACCGUUCCACGAUCCAAUCCAGCAUCCGGUGCUAGUUCUAUCUCACCAAGGGGGGCGUCCCUUGGUGUCCAGUCCCUCGACUCUCCAUGAAGACCUCAUCUAGACCUCGGGCGAUUGGGGGGAGCUUUGCUGCCAGGAGGGGCCAUGCCGCCCAACUUUCGAUAAGUGAUACCAGUCACCACGUUACUGAAGCAAUCGGAGACAUGUACGGUGACGAUGAUUAUUCGAAACGCGAGUCCCGGCCGUUGAGCUUCAUUUCUUCGCCUCUGCAGGAGUCUAUCGAAGGAGGGAACGCAUUUUUUGGUUCGAGUAAACGCUCCAGAAGGCCUUCGCCGGCUAUAAACGGGGAUGCCGAGGCGGAGCCAGAUACAUCACCUACCAUGUUACAAGCUCCACGGAAUAACUCCCUGGAUACAGGGCAGUUAUCUCCCUCAGUCUCCAUACGAGAACGUAGUGCAUCAGAUACGGCAAAUACGAAAUUUCCGCUCAACGACAUUGGUUAUGAAUCGGACCCUACUGCGAUUGCACAGGAGUUUAACAACUUACAAGCUUUGCGGCGCAUGUCUAUGGAUGUUGGAAAUACAAGUGAUCCGGACUUGCCUUCCUUUCAAGGCCUGACGGUAAUGCCUACCGUUGCACCUACAGGGGAUGAUAAGGAAGAUGACCCGUCGAGGUUGUUUUGGGUUCCAGCUAGAGUACAUCCUGAGCUUGCGCCGAUGGAAUUCAAGACGUUCCUGGAAAGUAGGGUACAAUCGAUUAAGCGAAGAUCUGGGGAGCAAGAUUCACUUUCUCCAGAGGGCUUGGAGGGAGGUGGAUCCGGAGGCGGUCUCAGAAGGAAGAAGUCAAUGCUAUCACGACAGAUUAACAACGACGGAGGCCGUGGUGCUCUCGAAUACGAGGACGGCGCAGAGCAAAUAGAGAGAAACAAAUCGACCUCAUCUAAUCAAACGCCAGAACUGAAGAUCGCAGACUUGCAGGAGUUGGACGCAUUGGUACGGGAUCCAUCAAAAGCCAUGCAGAAAUUGACACUGGAUACGGGCAAGCGUCAAGUCUCUGGAGGUGAGGUUCCCGCGAGUGAAGAUAUGCCAAUAUUACCACAAGCUCCAGGAAUUGGAUUAAGGAGGUCUACGCGUACCACAUACAGGAGGGGAAGUCUAAGGAAGGUGCCAUUUUCCAAGAGAGCUGGGUCAGUACGGGGGGCAGAGACUGAUGGUGAGGAAUCCUCGACAUCCUCGCCAAUUGAUGGUCGCCCGUCAAUAGGCUACCCUCUGACAAGAAUACAAUCUGAGCCGAGUACGUCCGAAAACUUUUCGCGGCCAGCUCGAGGCGCGCGUCGGAUGCAGAAUCUGCCACAGGAUAGCUUCAUCUCUUCUGACUCUGAAAAUAUGCCGGGCGAGGCUACAGGCAGAGCAGAAGACCAUAUGACAAGAACACUCUCCGAGGAGGCCCCUGCUCCACCGCAGCCAGGUUCACUUCCAAGAAGCAACACAUUCCCAAGGAAUGAGACUCCAGUUCCAAGGAUCGUCGAAACUCCACCACCGCCUGAAGAGCCAUCGGAACCGACACUGCCUAAGCAGAACUAUCAGUUCCCUGAGAGGUCUUCAUCACAAACGCCUCCCCCAUUGCUACAAAAUCAGUCGGCUCCAGAACCGCCUGCAAGAUCGAAUAGACGUCCAACGUUGGAUCGCCAGGCCUCUUCAAGUAUACAAGCUAUUCCUAGGAUUUCUACCGCGAGUCAAACCUUGAAUGACAUGGCUCAACAUCCAUCUCCACUCCCAGGAAGUAGCUCGGGCACCGAUGCUCUUACGUUCAUUCCUACUUUGGAGGAGAGGAAGCCAGAGAAAAAGUCAAAGAAGGAGAAGGAAGACUCCGAGAAUUCAACCUCGAGGAAGCCGACUUGGGGUUGGUUCAAAAGCAGUGAUGAAAAGGAGAAGAAGGAAAAGAAGAAGGACGAAGAGCAUAAAGAAAGCAAAAAGGGAAAGGCUAGAGCUGUUUCGGACAAGGCUCAUGACAAUGCUCGUCUGGACGUGCUACAAUCUACGAUGGACACAGCAGUUACUCGUGGACGAGAGAGCUUAGUGCUCGAUCGUGAUAGCUUUGAGGAUGAAAGGAAGAGAGAAGGCAGCCGAAAGUCUGGAGGGGAGAGUAAGAAGGAGAAGGAUGGUCUCUUCUCGUCAUUCUUUGGUGGAAGCAAAAAGAAGACCGACCGGGAUUCUGGCGGGAAGAAAGCCAGUUCACUUCGGACCCUUUCACCAGACCCACCUCAUCGCGAGCUAAGACCUGACAUUGACUACAAUUGGACCAGAUUCUCAAUCCUUGAAGAAAGAGCUAUAUACAGGAUGGCCCAUAUUAAGUUAGCAAAUCCACGGCGAGCGCUCCACAGCCAAGUUCUACUCAGUAACUUCAUGUACGCGUACUUGGCCAAAGUUCAGCAGAUGCACCCUCAAAUUCAAGUCCCUCAGUCGGCCUUGCAGAACAGACAAGAGGCGGAGAGGCGACAAAGAGAACAAGAGCAGCAAUACCUAGAAGAACAACAACAGCAGCUGCAACGUCAGGAUUCCGGGGACCAGUAUCGGUACGAUUAUCAUCAAGGUAUCGCACAAUAUGCCGAAUCCCAACACAAUGCGAAUCCUGAAGGAGCUCACUAUGUGGAUGAUUCUCAGAUCUAUGACUAUGAUCAUCAAGAUGAAGAUCCCUCUCAGAGACAUGGCCGACCGCAAUCACGGGCUUCGCAGCACAAUACGGAGAACGGGUAUGCGGAUCAGAGUCAGCAAUAUGGCCGACACGGGAAAGAAUACUACCCAUACAGUCACUUGGAGCCCCAAGAUCACGAGGGUGGGGAUGAUGAUGAUAUGUGGUAAUUGCUGGCAUAGCUGCCCGCUUCCGUCCUGUCUUUAUGCAUAUACGAUGGAGUUACUGGCGCUUUUCAUACCAGGACGGAUCGAGGUUCCAUAGGGCUGGGCAGAUCCUGUUUUUUUAUAUUUUAUUCUUCUUUUCUUCUUUUGAGCGGGUUGGAGGGUCGUUAAUCGUUGAAAGCAUAGCGUCUGGCGGUCUUCACCUCUUUCCUUGUGUGGAAUCAUGAGGCUUUUCUAAUGCCACCUGCGAUUUCUAGGGGCAUGCGCGUGUUCAUAUGUACUACAGAGUCCACCUCUUGCUUCGAGACGGACUGGAAUGAGAACCGGUGAAUAUCCAUACGGUUUCUCGUGUUGGGACGAUCGUUACUUACCUACCUGUGAGGUAUACACUCUGGGUACAUAAGGUAGAUAUGGCUUAUAAUCCAGGAACAGCCG